GCACGUCGGGAUUAUGAGGGUGGCGGCGGUAGCGCGGAUGGUGUCGGACUUACGGGCGGCGGUCGCCGGGGCUGUUUCCGGGCUGGAUGAGCGGGAGCUGCUUGGGCGGUAGAGGCUCGCGCGAAGCCCUCCGGGAUGUAUCACAGCAGCACGCAGAGGCGCUACUGGACAUUUCGCGGCGAAGAGGAGCUGAGCCGGCUCCGGGCCGACGCCAACCGCAAGUUCCGCUGCAAAGUGGUGGCCAAUGGGAAGGUUCAACAGACUGACCCGGUCCUUCUUGAUCCGCGCGACGAGUUGACAAUUUGUAAAUACUAUGAGAAAAGGUUACUGGAUUUCUGCGCUGUAUUCAAGCCAGCCAUGCCCAAAUCUGUCGUGGGAACAGCCUGUAUGUACUUCAAACGUUUUUAUCUCAAUAACUCAGUGAUGGAGUAUCAUCCUCGCAUAAUUAUGUUAACGUGUGCAUUCUUGGCAUGUAAAGUAGAUGAGUUCAAUGUGUCUAGUGCACAGUUUGUUGGUAACCUUCGUGAAAGCCCAGUAGGACAGGAAAAGGCUCUGGAGCAGAUCUUGGAAUAUGAAUUGUUACUUAUUCAGCAAUUGAACUUCCAUCUUAUAGUGCAUAACCCUUACCGACCAUUUGAAGGCUUCUUGAUUGAUUUGAAGACUCGUUAUCCAUUACUUGAGAAUCCCGAGACUUUGAGGAAGACAGCUGAUGACUUUCUUAAUCGAGUAGCUUUGACAGAUGCUUGCCUUCUCUAUACACCUUCUCAGCUAGCUCUCACUGCCAUCUUAUCCAGUGCCUCCAGGGCAGGAAUUAAUCUGGAAAGUUACUUGUCAGAAAACCUAAUGCUGAAAGAGAACAAAGCUUCCCUGUCUCAGUUACUGGACGGGAUGAAAUGCAUGAAAAAUCUGGUUAAAAAAUAUGAACUACCACAUCCAGAAGAGGUUGCUGUGCUAAAACAGAAGUUAGAAAAAUGUCACAGCCCAGAACUUGCUCUUAAUACUAAUGUAAAGAAAAGGAAAGGCUAUGAAGAAGAUGAAUACAUUACAAAGAAAUCAAAAAUGGAGGAGGAUGAAUGGACAGAUGAUGAUUUCAUAGACUGACUGUGACUGUCUACACAGAUGGAAUUUUGAAUACUUAAAUGAAAGGUAGAGCUUGAACAUGUUUUCCUUGUAGGAAAAAAAGAUACAUUGCUAAUAUAAUAAAUUAUUUUUCAAAGUGA